AUGUACAAACAAGGCCACUGCCCGCCCGUCCCCGGGACGCCUGGCGGGCCGCUGCCCGCCGUCCCUGAAGCCUGCGGGCCGCUGACCCGCCCAUCCCCCGGGAGCCUGGCGGGCCUGGCUGCCGUCCCCAGCGCUGGCGGGCCGCUGCCCGCCGCCCUCCCCGGGAAGCCUGGGCGGGACGCUGCGCCGUCCCCGGGAAGCCUGGCGGGCCCACUGCCCACCCGAUGCGUCGGCGGGGCCUCUGCCCACGUCCAGGGAGGCUGGUGGGCCUCGCGCCUGUCCCGGGACGCCUGGCGGGGCCUCGCCCGCCCGUCCCGGGACGCUGCGGGCCUCGCCCGCCCGUCCCGGGAUGUCUUGCGGGCCUCCCCCGCCCUUCCCGGGACGCCUGGCGGGCCUCGCCGCCCAUCCCGAGACCCUGGCAGGCCCUGCCGACCAAUCCCAAGACACUGGGGGGCUCAACUGCCACUUUCUGGGACCCGUAGCAGGCCUUGCCCACCCGUCAAGGCCUGCCCACCCAUCCCGGGACGCCUGGUGGGCCUGCCCGUCCCGGGACGAGGCUGCCCGCCCUCCCGCCUGGCACGACGCCUGGCGGGCCUCUGCCCGCCCGUCCCCGGGGACGACCGCCUGCGGGCCUCUGCGAGCGCCCGUCCCCGGGACCGGCGGGCUGCGGGCCCUGGGCUGCCCGCCCAGCCCUCCUGGGACGCCUGGGCAGGGCCUUCUGCCCUGCCCGUCCCCGGGACGCCUCGGGACGCUGCCCGCCGUCCCCGGGACCGCCCUGGCGGGCACCCUGCCCGCCAGCUGGCGGGCCGCUGCCCGCCCGUCCCCGGGGACUCCGGGACGCUGCCCUCCCCGCCCGCGCGGGGCCUGCCCGUCCCAGGGACGCCUGGCGGGCCUCUGCCCGUUCCCGUCCCCAGACGCCUGGCGGGACCGCUGGCCGUGGGAGCCCAGUCCCGUCCCCGGGACGCUGGCAGGAUCGGGAUGCCCGCCGUCCCCAGGACGCCUGGCGGGCCCCGGGAUGCCCGCCCGCCUCGGGAGCUGGCGGGCCGAGCCGUUGCGGGGCGCCCGUCCCCGGGAAUGCUUGCGGGCCUGCCCUUGGGACGCCUGCGGGUCCCGGGACGCCUGCGGGCCCCUGGCAGGCCCUGCCGGACAAAUCCCGGGACACCUGGGGGGCCUGGCCGACGUAGCGGCCUUGUAACCCGUCCCCAGGACGCCUGGCGGCGCGCCCGUCCCAGCGUCCGACCGCCCGUCCCCGGGACGCCUGGCGGGCCUCUCCCGCCGCCGUCCCGGGACGCCUGGCGCCUGCCCUCCCGCCCGGACGACCAUCCCCGGACGCCUGGCGACCUCUGCCCACCCGCCCGUCCCCGGGACUCCUGGCGGGCUCUGCCCGCCCGUCCCCGGGAGCUGGCGGGCCUGCCCGCCCGUCCAGCCUGGCACCUCCGGGUACGCCUGGCGGGCUCUGCCGCCUGCUCCCCGGGCCCGCCAUGGCGGGCCGCUGCCCGCCCGUCCCCGGGAGACGGGCCGGGCUGCUCCCCCUGCCCGGCCGUCGUCGGGGACGACUGGCGGGCCGCCUGCUCGGAAGGCCAGCCGUCCCCGGGACGCCUGGCGGGUCGCGGUGGCCCGCCGGUCCCCGACGCCGGCUGGCCCGUCGGACGGCCGGCCCGUCCCCGGGACGGCCGGCUGAGGCGGAUCUGCGCCGGUCCCCACCCCUGGGACGCUGGCUCGGGCGGCCCUGCUGCUGCCCGAGUCCCCGGGACGCCUGGCCUCGCCUGGAGGGCGGCCGGUCCCCUGCGGGGGCGUCCCCGGGACGCCCUGGCGGACGCCUGCCCGCCGGGAUCCCCGACGCCUGGGGCGGGCGCCGGCCCUGCCGGCUCGGGACGCCUGGCGGACCCUAGGCCGCCCGUCCGUCGGGCAGCCCGCCCUGGUCCCGGCGCUGGCCCGCGGUCCCGGGACGCCUGGCGGGCGGAGGCCCGCCGGUCCCCGGGACGCCUGGCAGGCCCUGCCGACCAAAUCCCGAGACACCUGGGGGCCUCAACUGCCACUUUCUGGGACCCUAGCAGGCCUUGCCCACCCGUCAAGGCGUCCACCCAUCCCGGGACGCCUGGCGGGCCUCUGCCCACCUGUUCCCGGGACGCCUGGCCGCUGACCGACCCGUCCCCGGGACGCCUGGCGAGCUUCUGCCCGCCGUCCUGGGACUCCUGGCGGGCUGCUGCCCGCCGUCCCCGGGAAGCCUGGCGGGCCUCUGCCCGCCCGUCCCCGGGACGCCUGCCGGCGGACCGCUGCCCGCCCGUCCCCGGGACGGCCUGGCGGGUCGCUGCCCGCCCGUCUGGGACGCCUGGCGGGCCCCUGCCCGCCCGUCCUCGGGAAAGCCUGGCGGGCCGCUGCCGCCCGUCCCGGGAAGCCUGGCAGGGCCGCUGCCCGCCCGUCCCCGGGAAGCCUGGCGGGCCUCUGCCCUCCCGUCCCCGGGACGACUGGCGGGCCGCUGCCCGCCGUCCCCGGGACGCCUGGCGGGCCGCUGCCCGGACCGUCCCCGGGACGCCUGGCGGGCCUCUCCCGCCCGUCCGGAGCCUGGCGGGCCUCUCCCGCUCGUCCCGGGACGCCUGGCAGGCCUCUGCCCACCCAUCCCCGGACGCUGGCGGGCCUAUGCCCGCCCAUCCCCGGGAGGCCUGGCGGGCUGCUGCCCACCAGUCUCCGGACGCUGGCGGGCCUCUGCCCACCCGUCCCGGGACGCCUGGCGGGCCUCUGGGCCCGCCCGCCCGGGACACCUGGCGGGCUGCUGCCCGGCAGUCUCCGGGACGCCUGGCGGAGGCCCGCCGGUCCCCUGGACGCCUGGCGGGCGGAGGCCCGCCCGUCCCUGGGGACGCCUGGCGGGCGGAGGCCCGCCCGUCCCCGGGACGCCUGGCAGGCGGAUGCCCACCGGUCCCCAGGGACGCCUGGCAGGCGGAGGCCGCCCGUCCCCGGGACGGCUGGCGGCGGAGGCCCGCCCAUCCCCGGACGCCUGGACGGGCGGAGGCCCGCCGGUCCCCGGGACGCCUGGCGGACGGAGGCCGCCCGUCCCCGGGACGCCUGGCGGGCGGAGGCCCGCCCGUCCCCGGGACGCCUGGCGGGCGGAGGCCCGCCGUCCCCGGGACGCUGGCAGGCGGAUGCCCGCCGGUCCCCGGGACGCCUGGCGGGAGGAGGCCCGCCGGUCCCCGGGACGCCUGGCGGCGUAAUUAUUCCUCCCCACCUGCUCCUGUCAUUUUCAUUCACGACCGCCGCCCCAUUCAUACGGCCAGAAUAGUCCAGGAAUGGUUUCAAGGUCGAGAGGAUCUGCAGUUGCUGACUGCCAACCAACUCCAGCGACUAGGCCAUGAAGAUCGCAGUGCCUCUGGAACUAGAGGCAACUAUAACCCACCUGUCUGCUUUAAACACCUGUGUCCCUCGCAUCCUAAUUCCUCUUCGAGGAAAUAA